GUGAUGGGUGUUACUACGAAUCCCAGACUGUUAUAGCCCUCUUCACUGUAAGCGUCUAGACUUCUAGCUCAAGUCGCUGCCACGGCGGCUCCAUGAGUGCGGCCACCACGGUCAUCGAUGCACCCUCCACGCAAGUAUCUUUAUCUCCCACACGCGCUGCACUGGCCAGCGCAUCUGAGAAGGCGGCGGCUAUCCCGGGCCAGGUGAUUGUCGGCGCACUGCGCAUCCGAGUACUGCAGGCGAUCGAUUUACCAACCCCAAGAGCUGUCGAAAAUGGCUCCGUGACGACUUCAUCAUGGCUACCUUUUGCUGGACGCAGACCCCCACAGCAUCAGAACCUGCAGCAUGAGGCAAUCCCAGACAUGAUCUGUGUGCUAUUACGAGCCUCAAAUUCGGGAAUUUUUGCAACGGAAUCACGCGCUUGGGCCAGUGCGAUCUGCUGGGAUGAAGUGAGUUUUGUGAAUAUUUCAGAGGCGUUGGAUUGAUCCUAAAAACACGUGUGAUAUUGUGUAGGAGUUUUACAUGGAACAAGUGAGUUCGAACGACGAGGUGGAGCUAUUCUGUCUGGAUCGAGUUAGGAAUAAAACGCACGCAAGUUUACCGCUUCAAGGCGAUAUCAGUUCAUGUCCAGGAUACAUUGGCAAAGGUGAGGAGGUUUACAUGUAUUUUUGUAAUUUUUACUAACGGGUAUAUUGCUGUGAUGUUGGUGAAUUGCUGGCAGUGACUUUGCCCCUUACCAGGCUUCCAGAAGGACAGGAAGUGGAGCAGUGGUAUCCUCUUGUUCGGAAAGAGUCUUCGUCUGCGCUACGCACUGCCCUUCGAGUUUCGCUGUAUUUUGUUCCGAAUGGGGUACCAGCCUCAGUUUCGCAGACUCCUGAAAGAGGGCGCGUCACCCCCACGUCAAUGCUGCCACCCUCUCCAGCGACGGAGAUUUCUUCCGCAUCACCCGUGUCGAACCAAUUGCGAGUAGAGACCUCUGAAGCUGCAAAUGCUGCAACUAUUCCACUCGAAUCGGGUAUUAUUGACUACGUAAUUGUGGUAGGGGCUGCAGUUAACGGUGACAACUCCUCAAGCUUGGAUGAAGCGCAAGUUCGUUUUCGAUACCCAAUCACAGAUCGACCGGAUUUCCCACUGCCGACAAAAGUUGAGUGGUUUUGCUUCCCGGGUGGACCUGAAAUCGUCACUCAAGCUGAUCGACCUCAGAGUAAAAUAUUUUCGUUUGUACUGGUGGGUGGCGAUGAUGGUCUGUGCAGGUGUUACGUCGUGUGUCUUGUGGUGUAUCAUCGCCGUCCCAAAAGUAGAGGGGCCGAAGUGAACGAGUGGGAUGCUACAUGUAUAGCGUUUUUGACACGGAUUCCGCAGAUUGAAGAGGUUACAACAUGUUUACUUGCUGUUGCUCAUGCUUGGAUUGCAGCAAAUGGAGACAAGGAAAAUAAUGUUCUGGAAAAUACUGACGAAUUGCGGCUGACAAAUACACGAAAACAAUUAUGUAGUCUUUGUCACGAGAUCACACUACCAGUUCGUGGUGUUUUUGGCGUCCAGUUUGCUGUUCACAACGUAAAAAUUCGAAUUAUGGUGCCGUCGAUGACAUCCAUUUACACGAUGAAAGAGGCUGUACUUGCACGACCAGAGCUUCGACGUACAGCAUCAGCUCAGGGUGCACAGCCAUCUCCUACGAAAGCGAGAAGCUUCAUCGCUAUCCAACAAGGUUUCCAGCCUCUGGUGUAUUCUCUCGAGCCAAUUUUCCAGCUCUUCGAUAUCAAGACGAUCAUCUAUCUCGUGGCGCUCGUUCUCUGCGAAUACCGGAUACUUAUCCACUCUACACAGCAGUCUUUGUUGUGUCCAGUAGCUGAGGGACUUUGUGCACUCAUUUAUCCGUUCCGAUGGCAACACCCUUACGUGCCUAUUUUACCUCGAGUGCUUUCAGAAUAUCUCCAGGCCCCUCUCCCGUACAUCCUAGGAAUUCAUACCAAUUGGCUACAAAGUUUGCUUGAAAAUGGUCGUCCAGAGCAUCUCGUGGUGGUUGACAUUGAUCGCGGGACCAUCCAGUUGCAGGAAUCCGGCGGGCCAGUAUUACCUCACAAAUUAACAACAGCUCUUCAUCACAGGCUAAAAACUAUUUUACAUCCGUCAUUAUUUGGAGAAAUGGAGAGCAACACUGAUGACGAACCGAAGCAAGACGUUAACAAAGAGCGACGCGAUAUCGUUGAGUGGGGUCCUGACACAGGAAAGCAAGUGCGGAUGGAGUUUGUGUGCUUUCUUUCUACGCUCGUGAGGGGAUACCGUGAGUGCCUGUUUUUCGUGAACCAGAAGCUUCCAGUUUUUAACAAGCGUCGCUUUUUCGAGAGUGAAGCUAUCGACAGUGAAGUGACUCCGUUGGUGACUCGGCUGUUCUGCACGCAGGCCUUUCAGGCGUUUCUCGAAAGCCACAGCUCAGCUGAGCUAAGUGUGUUCCACUCCGUGUAUCUCACGCUUUGUCGAGGACCAAAGGAUUAUCAGUGGUCUCAGUCCACUCGAGCCUUAUUAACAUCUAAGAGCCAGCAUUCGUUCCUGGAUACAGGACCAGCAAAGACGGAUAUACCGGUUCUUGUCAUAGAAGACCCCAGAACUAGCAAGGGAUCUAACGGUGACAAUCGUGAUGGAGGUGUACCAGUACAGGUUACUCCGACGACCUUUUCAACGUUCAGUGAUGGAGAAGUCGAUAUAGAUACACAGGAGACGUUGAAAGAUUUGGGCAUAAAGAUCGAAAACUUGCUGAAUGAGGAGAGAGCAGUUCAAUGGGACCCAUUUGCGCUUGAGACCAGUGAUAUCGAUGCUCAUACGGCUGCUUCGUCUAAGUCGAGUGAGAACUUGAACCAUGAGAUUCUCGCCCGAAAGCUUGGAGUGGAGCCAAGAUUGCUGAAAGCAAACGCACAUUUACUGAAAAACGCGCACCAAGUGAACCAAUAUCGCCUCCAUAUUGACAGCAUGGCUGCGGCUGCACUAGCCGGGUCACCUGGCCCUGGCGGGCGUUUUCUAUCGUCGGAAGAUGAACGAAUCGAACAAGUGCUUCAUAAGUGUUUGACUGCAGUGUUCACGUCUGAUGACUCGGUUACCGAGCAAGAGAUACGGGUAUUUUAUGCUUUACCAGUUAUUUUCUUUUUCUUUUUACUGACACGGAGUUCUACGUUUUGUUAUGAUUUCCAGGCUUGUGUGUCAUAUUUUAAAAGCGCACACGCGAGGGAUUUAUUUGUUCUUAUCCUGAUGCAACCUAGCAAUCAGUACGUUGAAAGCGUGAAUGGAUCUCCUAAAGCGGGCGGUACGAUGAGCUCUUCAGCAUGGUAUAAUCCGAAGGGUUCUGGGAGCUACAUUGGCGCAGCAGGGUUCCGGUUGCUCGCAAGGUUGACGUCAGCAUUAAUGAACCAAUGUGCGGUCCAUGAGGAUUACUCGACGGCGCGUGGAAUCCUUCAAGUCGCACCCCAGUACUAUCACUAUGUGGAGGAUAAGCACAGUGGUAUCGGAUUCGCAAAGAAGGAGUACCUUGUGACACCUCUUCGCUUGCUGCCCAUUUGUCGAUCGCUGGAUUUAUGGCAGCACGCGUUUAUCUGCGAGAUCGAUGCUGCGAACCAAGCAGAUCCUACCGAAUUUGACGAAGAAGGCCCAAAGACUGUGGGAGACGAGCUCUUCUUUUCUGUGAUUGGGAGUCUGAUGUACGACAUGCUCAACUAUGAAGUACCGCUCCAGAAAGUGUUGACUUUCGUGACAGUUAUGUGCUCGACGUACCAAAAGGAGAAAGAGUUGUUGGACACUCUCAAGCAACUCGCAGAAAAUGUGUACCGUGCUCUCGAUAUGUCCAAGGACAUCAAGCCCUCUCCACCUAAAGAUGCUGUUCAACCCAGGAUCAAUGUAAAGACCGUAAACAACAAACCGCCACCUGCCGCUCCUUCCAAGCUAGAGCUUCCUCCCGAGACUUCAUCGUCUACAGCACCGGUGGUAUUUGCUGAGAGUCCGGUGUUAUCACGCGAAUAUGAUCUGAACACGGUAAUUCGCCGCAAGAUGUCGGUCCGGGAGAUGCCUCAACUCAGUCAGGUGAAGGCGGGGAGUCUGGGUGAUGAGCGUAUUACCAAUGGCAAUCAACAUCCCGCAGAUUGGAUGAGUAGGACCCCACCUACACGUCGAAGGAGAAGUAGCGCUGUCUUCCCAAGUGCAGUGUUGGCAAAGUCCGGUUCACCUGUACUUUGUUUGGCUACCAAUAACGACCGUGCAGCUUGUGGUAUGGCUGAUGCGCGUGUGAACGUCGUAGAUAUUGAUCCAUCUGAAGAGGAGAAAGGUAUCAGACUUGACGGUCACAAUGAUGCUGUGGUGGCUAUACAGAUGCGUGGGAAUGCGCUGAUCUCCGGGUCUCGAGACCAUACUCUACGUGCUUGGGACUUGCGUGCAACACCGAAGAAGCGCAACAUGUUCUCGUUCUUCUCCUUGUCUUCCACCAGUAGCAACACCAUGAACUCGACCGAAGACAGUGAGGUAGAUGGCGCGUCAGUAUCCAAGCGGAGUAUCGUGAUGCGUGGACAUUUGGAUGCAAUCACGUGUAUGGAGCUGGGACAUCAGCUUGGAACUGGUCGCUCUUUGUUAGUUUCUGGCUCUGACGAUGGUACAGUUCGGAUAUGGGAAACAACAAAAGAGAGCAGUGUAGCACUGUUAAGUGGACACAAAGCUACUGGCAAACCCGCAGACAAUGGCGGAGUAAGCUGUCUGCGUUUACUCUCAAGUGAUGAUGACUUGGCAUUGGGUUAUCGUCGUCGGACAGUGCAGAUUUGGGAUCUCGCAGUGUGUAAGCUAAAGGUUAAUGUGGAGGCUCACCAAGCUGGUGUACGGGACCUGCAGGUAUCUGGCACCCGACUUGUGACGGCGGCGAAUGAUCGCGUUGUUAAGGUGUGGGAUACAUCCUUUCGAGGAACAGGGGGGCCUGUACAUGCUGUGCAAGACUUAUGUGGACAUGGUGGCCCUGUUCAGUGUGUGAGUCUUGGAGGACCUGCAGAUCCCACCAUUUGCACUGGUGCAGCCGAUGGUCUUGUUCGCGUUUGGGAUCUUAGAUAUGUGCAGCGAGGACCACGAUUAACACUGCGGGGUCACAUAGGCCCGGUGACGCGUCUGCAGCGUGACUUCACGAAACUGGUGUCAGCAGGAGAAGACGGAUGGUUGCGCGUUUGGGAUAUGCACUCGGGUUCGUGUCUUCGCGAGAAGAAGGUGCACUCUUCUGGUGUCACUUGUCUUGAAAUGCGUGAUUCACUGGUGUAUUCUGGCUCAUGGGAUGGCUCGGUGCGUGUGUGGGAUAUUGAGAAUGUCAAUAGUUCUGGUCAAGCUGCGGUAUAGCUCUACAAUUUCCAGCUAGCCACGUGAUGAUAAUAUUGUUGGCUCACAUGUUGAAGUGACAACGAUGCAUUUCGACCAAAAUGAAAAAGAUAGUUGUCGAAGGAGGCAAAGUAUUGCUCAUCGAUUUUGAAGACAACGAGACUACAACUUUUUGUGACCUGGCGAAGAGAAUGAUCGACUUCGCGAGCCCUACAAGUAUACUGUGGGUGAUCUGACGCUCUAUUUGGCGAAGAGAGAUGACGAAUGGUUGCGAGAUUACUCUUACGACGUCGACCUGCUUGUGCAUGGCGAAUUCCCAGACUCAAUUAAGGCGCUACUAAAGGAGGACAGCAAGUGAACCUCGGGAACCUGAUGUGCGACUUUGACUUUCGUCGCAGGGCUGGCAUGCCAUAUGACAAAUAUCACGUUAUCCUGGACCCCCAGAGCGAAUCAAGUGCCUGUAUCGCCAACACCGACAGGAAGAACGACAAUACAUCGAAAUAGUGCACCGAGCAGUUAUGGCGCGUGAGGCAAGACGAGCGUGCACAGUUGACCGUUCUGGGCCGGGAUUCCUUAUUGGUACGGCGCUGCUGUCGUCUUGGAAGUCGUUUGCUUCGUUUUCGACGCGAACAUCUCGCUGGCAACAAUAUUUGUUUCGCGGUGGUCGGCAACACGGCUUUACGAGGACGUAAGGAUAAGUUAGUCCAUUAAAGCCGGCGGC